AUGUAGGUGUUGAUGUCGCUGACGUCGAUGUUGAUACUGACACAGGGGAUUAAGUAAUGCCGGCCGCCCGCUAUACAAGAGCCGAUAUAUUUCCCCGCGUUGGAUCGCGUCGGCUCCACUGCCUAAGGAGAGCCGAUGGACCGUUCGAUCUCUUACUUAGCACCGGAUGGUCCCGAUGAUGAUAAUUCAUUCAAUCUUGACAUUGCUUAUGUUCUAAAGUGAGAUUAGGUAUUUACGAUAUUUUAGGGGAAAUAUUAUCGAGACAGUUGCGUUCAUAAGCUGUGGAAACUAUUUCGGACCUUGUCCGAAAACUUGGUUACAUCAUAACGCCAAGCUUCGGACUUACUCCGAAACACACCUCGGUAUACAGCAUCACACCUGAGUUGGCAGUAUCGAGAUGACGUCUCAGGUAAAACAGGACGAGCAGCAUAGUGACUUCAGGAAAUACUUGCCGGAUCUGAAUACACCACGGUUCCAGGCUAUUGCGCAGAAUGAUGCUUAUGGCCAUGCUGAGGAACUGCUGGAACACCAUCGUCCACCGUGGCUCUAUGGGUUAUAUGUGCACUGGCGGAAGUUGUUUCAGGAACCGUUUAAGGGUGUGACGAAUGACGGCACUAUCCGCCCAAACCUCUUCAAACUCCGCGACGAAGGGAUCCCCAUCACCACCCUCGUCGCUAGCGCCAACAGCAUAAUCACCCAGCUCAGCCCAGCACAAUCUACCCGCACCCUCCUACACAUCGACUCACCGGAAUGGCGCUCCUGGUCAAACCCGGAGUUCCUCGUAAGCGACAAAGGUAUCCGGCUCGACGAACUCACCCCCUCCCUCCGGGACACCGUCCUUUCACUGGUAGAGAAUACGCUAAGUCCCGAGGGCUACGCCAAAGCACGCUCCGCUAUGCGCAUCAACCAUUUCCUCGGCGAGCUUGUGAACGCGGCAAAAGUAAUGAAUGAGUAUAGUUACAACUUCGUGCUCUUCGGAGCACCCUCCGAGGACACGCCAUGGGGGUAUUCGUUUUACGGGCAUCAUUUAUGUCUUAGCGUAUUUCUAUACAAGACACAGAUCGUGGUGAGCCCAUGGUUUACGGGCGCGGAGCCGAAUUUAAUUGAUGAGGGGCCGUACAAGGGGACUAGGAUCUUGCAUGAGGAGGAAAGAUUGGGGUUGGAAUUGAUGCAGAGCUUGAGUGACGAGCAGAGGAUACAGGCUACGGUGUAUGAGAAGAUGAAGGAUGAGAAGAUGCCGAAGGGGAGGUGGAAUCAUGAUGAUCAGAGGCAUUUGUGUGGUGCGUAUCGGGAUAAUCGCGUUGUGCCGUAUGAGGGUAUUGUUGUUGGGUCGCUUUCUCAAUUGCAGCAGGAGCUUGUCCGAGCUAUCUUGUCGCAGUACUUACUUUACCUCCCAGCACGAUCGCGCGAGCUGAAACUACAGGAUUGCGCGGAAGUCUUCGGCGAGACUUACUUCAGCUGGAUAGGAGGUAGCGGCGAUGCCGACCCGUUCUAUUACCGGAUCCAAAGCCCGGUCGUUAUUAUUGAGUUCGAUCAUCACUCCGGCGUAUUCCUGACGAAUUCAAAACCGGCAAAGUUCCAUAUACACACGUUAUUGCGCACGCCAAAUGCUGGCGAUUAUGGUGUUGCCCUUAAGGGGCUAUUAGGGGGAAGUGUAGUGCAGGAUUACGUCUGGGGGGAGUAAUUCUUGGA